AUGGGUACGGUCACCAAAAUGCCUCAGAUUUAUUCUGUCUUCAAGGCAAAGAAAACGAAAAGCAUAAGUCUCAAGUCGUUAAUCGUCGAAGGAUUUGGGCAUUCUGUUAUGCUGACUUACCAUUUUGCUCUUCACUAUCCAUUCAGCAGUUACUCUGAAUAUACAUUCCUUGUACCUCAAGACUUAAUUCUUAUUACUCUUCUUUUGUUUUAUGAUGAUUUAUUCAGCCUCAAAGUGUCAUCUUAUUAUCUACUUUAUUUAGGGUUUUUUUAUCUGUUGGCUUUCAAUAAAUUACCAUUUGUACUACUGAAGAUGACAAUGAUGUUGUCCACUCCAAUUUCUGUGAUUAGUAAGUUACUUCAGAUUCAUGCUUUAUUUAUUACAAAAGAUGCAGGGCAACUCAAUCUGGCUACUUGGUGUUUAUUGGGAACAUCAUCAUUGGCUCGACUUUUUACCACUUUGGUUCUGACUGGCGAUUUUGUUGUACUUAUAAACUUUGGUUGUAGUGUAAUCUUGAACUUUUUAAUUGCAGCCAUGAUCAUUUAUUAUAGAAAGGCUGCCAAAAAGAAGGUCUGA